AUGGUCGCCCAAGAAUUCAGCUACAAAGAGAAGCCAGACACCCUCGUUCUUUUCGACGUGGACGGAACUUUAACCCCAGCCAGACUCACCGUUUCUGAUGAGGUCAGAGACACCUUGAUUCAGCUAAGAAAGAAGGUUGUCAUUGGGUUUGUCGGUGGAUCAGACUUGAGCAAACAGUUGGAACAAUUGGGUCCUAACGUUUUGAACGAGUUCGACUACGCUUUCUCCGAAAACGGUCUAACCGCCUACAGAUUGGGAGAAAAAUUGGCUUCUCAGUCCUUCAUCAACUGGAUUGGCGAAGAGGAAUACAACAAGCUAUCCGUGUUCAUUUUGAAAUACCUAUCUAACAUCGAGUUGCCAAAGAGAAGAGGUACUUUUUUGGAGUUCAGAAACGGUAUGAUCAACGUGUCGCCAAUCGGUAGAAACGCCUCCACCGCCGAACGUAACGAGUUCGAGCAAUACGACAAACAACACCAGAUCAGAGCCAAGUUCGUCGAAGCCUUGAAAAAGGAAUUCUCCCACUUGAAGUUGACCUUUUCCAUCGGUGGCCAGAUCUCCUUCGAUGUCUUCCCUACUGGCUGGGACAAGACUUACUGCUUGCAACACGUCGAGCAGGAUUCGUUCAAGGAGAUCCACUUCUUCGGUGACAAGACCAUGGUUGGUGGUAACGACUACGAGAUCUUCACUGACGACAGAACCAUCGGACACACCGUGCAAACUCCAGACGACACUGUCAAGAUCCUGCGCGAGCUUUUCAACUUGCAGUAA